AUGGCCGAAACAGCAGCUGUCGACUACACUCUGGCGAACCCAGAUACUAUCACCAAGUACAAGGUCGCCGCCGACAUCUCCCAGAAAGUCCUCAAGGAGGUCUCCGGAUGGAUCGCCGCUGAUGCCAGCAUUGUCGAGCUCUGUGAGCGCGGUGACAAGCUCCUAGACGAGGAGGUUGCCAAGGUCUACAAGGGCAAGAAGGUCCUCAAGGGCAUUGGACACUGCACCACCAUCUCGCCGAGCGCCUACAUCACCCCGUACACACCACUCAAGACCGACGCCGAGGAAGCCGCCGUGACACUGAAGGAGGGAGAGGUUGUCAAGAUCCAGCUGGGUGCCCAAAUCGAUGGCUUCUGCGCGAUCGUUUGCGACAAUGUCAUCGUCGGAGCUGCCGAUGAAGUCACCGGACGGGAGGCAGAUCUCAUUCUGGCUACACACUACGCGAACGAGCUUCUGCUGAGGUUGAUGGUACCCCCAGGCUUGGUUCCCCACGGCGACGAGGAGGAGCAAAAGAAGGCUGCGUCAAAGAAGGCCUACACUCAGAGCCAAAUGACCAACAUGCUUGAGAAGGUUGUCAAGGCGUACGGCUGCAACCUCGUCGAGAGCACCACCAUCUGGCAAUUCGACCACAACGAGAUCGAGUCCAAGAAGAAGAUCAUUCUUGCGCCCGGCGAGGGUGUCAGAGGAGAGGGUCUCCCUGAGGUCGGCGAAGUGUGGGGUGUUGAGAUGGGUGUCAGUCUCGGAAGCGGCAAGGUCAAGAGCAACAGCAACAGGACCACUCUGCACCGACGUACAGCCACCACCUACCAGCUCAAGCGCCCUACCUCACGAAGCCUGUUGUCUGAAGUUGUCAAGAAGUUCGGCACCUUCCCCUUCAGUCUGCGCCAGCUUGAGGACGAGAAGGCUGCCAAGGUUGGUGUUGUCGAGUGUGUCCGCACAGGUGUGCUCCGCCAAUACGAAGUUGUCGUUGACAAGGACAACCAGCCCGUAGCUAGGUUGUUCAGCACUGUUGCGAUCACCAAGAACGGCAUGCAGCGCCUGGCUCAACCCGCUGCCAUCGACACCUCCAAGUACAAGUCUGACAAGAAGAUUGAGGAUGAGGAGAUCCUCAAGAUUCUCGAGCAGCCCAUUGGAAAGACUUCGACAAAGAAGAACAAGAAGAAGAAGAAGAAGCCCGCAAAGAAGGCCGCUGACGGCGGUGCUGCUCCUGCCGAAGAGGAGGAGAGUGACGACGAGGAGUAG